CAGGUUAAACAAGAGGCUCAGAUCUGUUUUUGUGUCCCAACAGGGCAGCAGUUUGAAGAUUCCAGCACCCUGGACAGCGACUGGUGACAGUGGACAGCUCCAGCCAGACUUAAAGGAGCAUUUGCUGGUUUGUUUGUUUGUUAGGUCGGUUGGUUGGUCGAUUGGUUGUUUUGAGAAAUACUGGCUGGCCUGAAGAGACGAAAUAUGUUGGAUAGAUGGAUGGAUAGAUGGGUGGAUAGAUGCUUGACAAACACUAAAGAAACUGCGGACAGGUCUGUAACCCUGAAGGGCUCAGUGUAGAGAAAUGCUCAGGAAGAUUAAUAAUGUGUUCCGUCCCAACCAUCACGGACACGGAGGGCGGGACGGCCGUGCAGGUCAGAGUGGCGGUGGGUUGCGGUCCGAGCAGGACUACCACAACGCCUGCACCGUCAGGCUGGUCCGCAGCACGUCCAUGCUCGUGGUGGGAGAGAAGACUCAGACGGCCGCGGGCUCCACUUUAAAACGGAGCAAGAGCACAGUGAGCAUCGAGUCGACCUUGUACUAUUAUCAGAGACAAGAGGACAGGAUAUGGCUCUACUCUCAGAAUCAGAACUGUCUGGAGUACCUGGAGGCGCUUGUGGCUUUGAGACGGCAAUACACAAAGAGUGUGAGUGACCUGAAAAGUAGCGACACCAAGGCCACAGUGUCCUCAAAGAAGAAGCCAGCCCCGCCGCCGCCCAGGAAGGAAGAACCGAUAUCAAGAGCCAAACCCUCUGCACCUCCCGUCCCCGACGAGGAGGACACUUUGCAGUUCUUUGAUGCGGUCAUCGCCAGCUGUGACAGCGAAGCUCUGCGCAAACCUUACGCGGAUGAUGGACACGCAGACGUGGACUUCAUAGUGGCCUCCAGUUCGGCAGAGCAUGACCUCCACUCCAACUGGGUCUUGCGGGUUCCUCGGGUCGCAGAGGACUCCAAGCAGAAGGCAGUUCAAGACUGUGCCAAUGAAAGCUCAACGAAGAAGAAGAACCAGAGCGGCUCCACGAGCAGCCGACUGCGGCUGCAGAGAAACCCGAUCCAUCUGCCCAAGGUGGUGGAGAGCGCAUUUCAGACAGUGCGCUUCAAGCCCAAAUUUAAAAAACAGUGAAGCUCCACAGGACAUUUGAAACAUCUGAAACUGACCUAGAGUCCAGCGUAGUCUGUACAGACACCAUGCACUGCUGACAAUCCAUCCAGACAAUACACAAAUCAUCUGAGGGAAUUUUAAUAAAGUAACUGUAACAAAAAAGAAAAAGAAAAAGAAGAAGAAGAAAAGCCGAUCAUCAUCAGUGAAUUCCUCUGGGUCUCAUCCUUUCCCUACUGUGACAUGUCAAAAGUCUAUUUAGUAUCAUUUCUAAACCGUUAACCGCACAUUAAUAUAACCAUCAGUCCGAGUCAAAAUCCUUUUUAUGUGCAUCGACAAGAUGCCACUUUAAAUUUAAAAGAAAAUCAUUCAUUCCACCAUCUUAUAAUUGCUCUGACCCGACAGUUAGACCCCCUAGCAUCUCUUUAAAGUGUGCUUUUGAACGGAGGUAAAUGAGAGAAAUGUCCAACAUUGUGAUGGGUAUGGAAUUUGGCUCAGAUGUGCAUAAAGCUUAGGCUCUGCAUUCCUGCGCUUUAUCAAAACCAGUGGUAAAAUUCAACACGUCCUUCACGGCACUAAGACUGACUGAAAGCCAGUCUCACUGAAGAGCCAGGCUCAGUCCAAAGGCUGAGCUGUCACUGAAUAGUUCAAAAGCAGCUGAGGUUAUUCUGCUCACCAAUGCCAAACUAAAUGAUCUUAAAAGGUAUAAAGGAUACAUUUCUGACUUC